AUGGAGAAGGUAGCCACAGCGGUCCCAGCUGCGAAUGUCGACCCUGAAAGCAGGUCAUCGUACAGCAACGAAAAGUUCGACGAAAAGGACGAGAAACGCAGCGUGCAGGAAGUCACUAAGGACUUCGAAGGCGAGGUCUACGAUGACCUCCGGGCAGUUGAUCUGGACGAAAAUGGGAAAGAGCGUCCUAUUGAGACCGAUAUGGAUGUUGCGACUCGUUUGAUCUCUCUCGACGACGAUCCAACUCUCCCCGCAUUCACCUUCCGAAUGUGGUUCCUUGGUAUCGGAUUGUCCUGUUUUGGAGCUGUCCUCGGCCAAAUCUUCUACUUUCGCCCGCAGACCGUGUUCGUCAGUCAGCUUUUUAUCCAGAUUAUCGCGUACAUACUCGGUCGCGUGCUGGAGGAAAUUAUUCCCGGCCCUGGCAACGAGCGUAAGAACUUGCAAACCAAGGACAACGCGUUCUGGCGCUUCAUGAACCCCGGCCCAUUCAAUAUCAAGGAACAUGUCGCCAUUACAAUCUUCGCGUCUACCGCCGCCGAUUCGGCGCUUGCGAUCAGUAUCUUCGCUGCUGAUGACCUCUACUAUGACAUCAAACCCAACGCUGGUAUUGGUAUUUUCACCCUCAUCGGUUCACAACUCAUGGGAUACGGCCUUGGUGGUGUGAUGCGAUCGUUCCUCGUGUACCCGACCUACAUUGUCUUUCCCAACUUGCUUCCCACUGUCCAGCUCUUCGAUGCGUUGCACCGUGGCAAGAAAAUCUUCAUGCAAAAGAAGCGCGUCAAGUUCUUUUGGUCCGUGUUUAUUGGAAUCUUUGUCUGGGAAUGGUUCCCGGAGUAUAUUGCCCCGACCCUUACCGGUAUUAGCAUCUUCUGUUUGGCCAACAAGAACAGCCCUUGGUUCACUCGUAUCUUUGGUGGUUCGAACGGUAAUGAAGGCCUUGGGAUGUUUGCGCUCUGUCUUGAUUGGAAUUACGUUGGCUCCGGUGGAGGAUCCAUGGGUGCCCUCUUCACCCCCUUGUCUACCCAGCUCUCUCUGUACUGCGGUACAGCCAUAUGCAUUAUCGCUUUCUGCGUGGGCUAUCACAAUAAUGUUUGGAACGGGCAAAAUUUCCCAUUCCUUUCGCAGCAGCUCUUCAACCUCAACGGCACUCGCUUCAACCAGCGCGCGAUUCUGGACGAGAACUUCAUGCUCGACCGCGAGAAGCUUGCCGAGGUUGGCCUGCCCUGGUUUGCGAGCUCACAGGUCAUCUCCAAGAUUGGGUUCAAUCUUGCCAUUGGUGCGACGGUUACUCAUGUCUUCAUUUGGUAUGGGAAGGAUAUUGUAGAGGUUAUUAGAAAAUAUAGGGCUGGCGAGAACUACGACCCGCAUCUGGCCAAGAUGAAGGCAUACCCCGAAGUUCCGAUGUGGUGGUACAUUGCAAUGUUCAUUGCGAGUUUCGCCAUGGCGAUGUCGACGAUGUACGCAGGACACUCGGGCAUGCCAUGGUGGGGCCUCAUCGUGGGCGUCAUCAUCUCGACCAUCUUUUUGCCGUUUGUGAUCACAGUCUACGCGAUCACUGGCUUUUCGCCGAACAUCCAGCACCUUGUGCAGAUGCUUGGUGCUGCGAUGAUGCCUGGAAACCCCCAAGCGAACAUGUAUUUCACUCUGUAUGGUUAUAACACGCUCGACCAAGCGCGUGGGCUUAUCCGUGACCUCAAGAUGGGUCAAUACACGAAGCUCCCUCCACGCGUCACCUUCACCGUGCAGUCUCUCGGCUCGAUCAUUGGCGGACUGCUGAACUAUGUCAUUAUGAAGACCAUCAUCAAGUCGCGCAGGGAGAUCCUACUGCAGGUCCAGGGCACAAAUGUGUGGUCUGGACAGCAGGUUCAGUCCUUUAACAGUAACGCUAUCUCAUGGGGUGCUUUGGGUAGCAUCUUGUAUGCACCGGGAGGACGCUAUGCUAUCGUUCCAUUCUCCAUCCUGAUUGGUUUGGCUGUCCCCAUUCCCUUCUGGCUGUUGCACAAAAGGUUCCCCAAACUUGGCGCGAACAAAGUCGUUUCCCCCAUCCUCUGUUGGACGCUUGGCUACCUGAACGUCGGCAUUAACAGCUCAGUCUUCACGACCUUUAUGCUUGCCGUGUUCUCGCAGUACUACCUCCGUCGCUACCGCCCCCGCUGGUUCAGAAAGUACAACUUUUUGAUGUCCGCCGCACUCGAUGGAGGAACACAGGUCAUGGUGUUUGUGUUUACGUUUGCGGUGGGUGGUGGAAGUGGUAAAGUUGUUGAUAUGCCACAUUGGGCAUUGGGGCUCGAGAACUCUUCUCGAUCCGAAAAUGCCCCUAUUUCUUGGCAUUUGUCAGCGGAAAUGCAGUACAACGUUUCGCACGACGCACGAGUUGUCCCUGCGUUCGAUGGACACCCUCCACCACCAUUACGACUUGACAUUUCGACUACUGGCGCUAUCACCAUCGAUCUUCGUUAUCGAAAGAAGAUAUAG